AUGGAAUACGACGAACUAUUGGCAAAGUACACAGCGCAGCGCCAAGCUUCAAGUGCGUUGAUCUUGGCUAGUGGCCCCGCGAGAACGGUGGAAAAAUUGCUUAAUGAAUCUCUUCAUACAAAAGAUUUGCACCGUCAACAGAUCCAAACUCUGACCGCUUCACUUGUUGAAAGUAGUGCUGAGAUUGCGAUACUCAAAGAUAAAGUCAAGACAUUGGAACAAGAUCUCGAAACUGUCAAUGAAGGGAAAGCAACAUUGUUAUGGCGAGAUAUGGAGAAGCAAAAUAUUGAAUUGAGGAAAAGGGCACAAGAAGAAAUCUGGGAACGAGACGUGAAAAUUAAGAGGCUGCGGGAUUAUCGAGAUGACAACCCUGUUACAUCAUUGAGUUUGGAUUCAAAAGGACAACAGAUUUUGAGAAGACUGCGAGAAGAAUUAACUAAGGUGGAGGAUAAACUUGCCCACUCACAAAUGAUAACUGCUAAAUUGAAGAAUAAUGAAGCUAGAAUUGAAGAAAUCAAGAAACAGAUCAAGAGGGAAGCAUUAUAUGGGGCAUCGGAGGGCAUGGGAGAGCUUUAUACGAAUGCAGCUAUUCAGGUUAAUGAGUUAUCUGAGAAGCUAAAGAGAUUUGAACACCUUACUGACCCGGAGCAUGAUACCGAGGCUGUUCAACGUAAUUCUAACGAGGAAAAAGGGAAAUUACGACACGAAAUUGCGGAAAAAGACACGCUAAUAUCUACAGUUAAAGCGCAAAUUGAUCAUGCAAUGGGUUGCUUGGAUUGGACUCACAAUAAGUUCGAGCCUCUGGACAAAUACUUGGGUUUUGUGCCUGGGGCAAAAGAGGAGAUAAGACGUUUAGUAAUCGAACUCCGGCAGUUUCAUUUACUCAGUGAGGUUCACCAAGAACCAGAAACAAUUGAACACCUGCGUCUUUUAGAAGAUUUGGCCCUUGGUAGAGAUCGUUUGAUAGACCAAAGACAGGAACUGCGAGUUCUGUGUGAUGAGCUCUUGCAUGAAAGACUCCGGAAUGAAACGGAGUUGGAAACGCUAAGAGAUGGAGUAGCUCGGAGGAACUCACAGGUAACUAAUCUGCAGACGCGGAACACGGAACUCCAGGCUCAACUAAUAGAAGCGCAAGUGGCUGUACCUCCAGUCGGGUCACCCGAUAUUACGGGAGUAACUGCUCCUGUAAUAGAGAAUUUUAGAACGAAUCUUUUAGCUCUAGAAAUGGAGAUUCGGAAGAGGGGUAUAGAGAUUCAAGAUACCGUAGGGAUUCCGGGUGUUGAUGGUUUACCGAGAGUAGAAAGAGAGCCGGGAGACCUUUCUAUGAUAAGAAUUUUCGCAGGGCAUAGAGAAAGAUUUGACGAACUAUCAAGGAUAGUUGGAGAAAUUAGACCUACUUGGCUAGGAGCGGCAGAUGAUUGGGUUGAUGACGAUUCAAACAACAGUCCGGAGAACUUGGAAGCGCGGAAGCUAAACCGGGUGCUAAGAUUAAAAGACCUUUGGGACUAUAUUGGAACAUUACAUUACGACACUAUUCUUUUCGUCCGCGAUAUUUGUACAAGAUUAGGAGUAGCACCAGGUGUCGAAGCACCCGAACAGCCCCAGUCUCCAUCACCUGUACCUUCCUCAGCUCCUUCUCCCCCAACUCUCCCUUCCAGGGAUAGAAAUCUAUUUCCCGCACAAUUUACACGCUAUAAGUCCUUCGAUAUUCAGAGAUGGAAUGUCUUUUCGCUGAGUCAUGGAGAAGUAAAUUCUUCGCGCAGUGUCCUGAACGCUCUGCAAGGAUCCAUUCAGGCACAAAUGCCAAACUAUUUUGCAGAAAAUAUUUUUGCCGGUGUGUUACUCGCUCGGUUAGUGCGGGUUGCCACCCAUGAUGGAUCCGUGGACGACCCGGUUAAUGAGCGCGAUGUAGCUGAAAUCUUAUACGGGCUUAACCAUUCAUUUGUUUUAAAAACUGUUACACAGUUUCCACGACAAAAUAAGGGCUUUAAAUAUUUAUCUCGAGAGAUCAUGUAUCCAGAUACGUUGGACGUGCCUCCACCGAGACAAUUCGUCGUGUUGUAUUUGUCUGGUAAUCUUUGGCAAGGCAUGGGCUUAAAGCCACUAGAACUAGUAGAGUUCAACAUAGCAGAGUGGAAAUUAGGUAACUUGCGUGACAGCUGGAUGAUACCCGGACAGGACACUAUGCGUAAAAAUUUGUCCUCGAUUUGUGCAGUUGCACUAUCCUUUCAUUGGCAGUAUCCAGGUGUACUACCCCAUCAUUUGAGUGGAGCCGAGGUCUGUGAAAAUCUGUAUGAAAGAUUUACUACACUUCACCCACAUGCUGGGGGGGUCUAUUUUCCGGGGCAUAUUCAAGUGGUGUUGGAUGGUAUACUAGGAAAUCAAGAUAACAGACCACACUACCUACUCGUAGUCGUCUCGUGCCGCGAAAUGGCUGCUGGAGAUGUAAGAUAUUACGCCACUACUCCAGGUGGUGAGUCACAGAGUCCCGUGCUUUAUAUAUUUAGUGAGCUAGAUGUAGAUCCUCCAACAGAUCCUCUAGUAGGUCCUUUAGUAGGUCCUCCACCCCGUUUCAUGAUAAGAGAUGAAGAUUAUGGAAGAAACGUCAUCAGAGCGCCAUUUAAUAGGAAUGGUUGGAAUUUUGACGUCAAUAUGGCUCAUCUAAAUGAAGGACUGACAAAGCGUCACAUGAACUGGAUACAUAACUGCGGCCCACGAGCAUUGUAUUAUUCAAUGUAUAGUCAACUCGAUAUGGGGACUUUAAAUUGGGGAGAAUUUUCUCAAAUAUUUGAACAGGUUUUUCCCCGUCACAGCAAUGCCUGGGGGGAAGAAGAGCUUGCUAGACUGUUGAAAUGGCACCCACGAUUGGGAGGAUUUACACUUGGUAUUGUCCAUGGUGUUGCUUUUGGUGAGGAAGCAAUCAUGAUUGAUACUUGGUCCCAACCAGAAGGUUAUGAUCCUGAACAUGCCCUGAUAGUGUAUGUUGCCUCAAUUAGAGACGUGCGAUUCCCACCUGUAGUCGGUCAACCAGAUCAUAGAGAUCACUGGCGAGCACAGCAACAAGUUGGUACUGCAACGCAAGCGCAACCACAGCAGCAACAAAAUCAAGCAGGCUUCGGGACGAACACGAUCCCUCUUAACGAACAGCUUGAAUUUGCACGUCGACUUCGAGAAGAACAUGCUCUUGGCGGCGGUAAUGCGGGUGGGAGGGGUGUGGAACCGCGGGAUCCUAGGAGAGAGAGUCCGCAUGGAAUUGAGAAGGGGGGGGGGGGGGGAAGAAGGGAGGAAAGGGGAGGGGAAGGGGAAAUGAUGGUGGUGGAAGGGGGAGGGGUGAGUAUGGAGCAGAGGGGGGAGGAAGAGGAGGAGGAGGGGAGAAUGAUGGUGGUGGGACGGCUGGUGGUAAUGAUGAUGGUGCAUAUCCGGGGUGGGAAGAUGAUCUUUGAGAUGAGGAUUAGUAGCUUAAGGUUUAGCAAUGAUAUUUUUUUCGAGGAGUGUAGCAAGGAGGAAUUCUUAUGGCAGGGAAUUUGA